AUGACUGUUUAUGUGUUCUAUGUUGCAGAAUCUUCGCAUGUACAAGUGGACGAAAAAGGAGAACGGGUACGGGCUGUUUCCAAACGAUGCACUAUUAUUUUACGUGAAAUUCCUGAAUCUACGGAUGAAAAGGAGGUAGCAUCGAUGUUCACUGGUGGCCCGCCGUAUUUGAGCCUGCAGUACGGUCUCAACAAUAGCUGGUAUGUUACGUUUGAAUCGGAAGAAGCUACGCAGCGUGCAUUUUUGCAUUUACAGAAUCUUGGCAAAACGUUUAACAAUAAACCGAUUUGUGCACGCAUAAAAACAGGUGGAGCGCCUUGUUCGGAACCAAUAAAUGUGGUACCGGAACGAUCUGCCCCCGCGGUGCCAUCGGACGCGCCAGCUGAUCCGGUGGUAUUGAAUCCUAUUCCUCCUCCUUCUGUUGCUGCUUCGCCUUCUUCAUCUGAUAGUUUUGAUUUGGGCCAAAUUUUGGCCAGUUACGGGUAUGUGCCGCAGGCUACUUUCAAGCCAGGUGGUGCAACGGUUGUUCAUAUAUCAUCGGCAGCCGUCAAUAUGGCCCCCAAUCGAACUUUUGGUCAACAACGAUUGCGUAAUUCCGCUCCCUCAGCAACGCAACAGCUUUCUGCACCUCAUUUUCGAGGUAUAUUUUUUUGCUACAUUUUUUAA